AUGUUCGCUAGAUUAGUUGCGCAGAACUUCGCCAGGCGCCCCGCCGCUUUUGCUCGUUUUAUGAGCUCGGAGACUAGAGAAGCCAUUACAGCAGCCAUCAAAUCUGCGCCCGUUGUGCUGUUCAUGAAGGGGACGCCCGAGUUCCCACAAUGUGGUUUCUCCAGAGCAACUGUCAGUUUGCUCGGGCAACAGGGCGUCGACCCUCUCAAAUUCGCCGCCUACAACGUGCUUGAAGACCCUGAGCUUCGUGAGGGAAUUAAGGAGCUCAGCGAGUGGCCCACAAUCCCGCAGCUGUACGUGAACGAGGAGUUCAUUGGCGGCUGUGAUAUUCUUGUGAGCAUGGCCCAAAGCGGUGAGCUCACUAAGCUACUGGAGGAUGCUAAGGCCCUCGUGCCUGAAGAUGACGAGUGA